AUGCGCACCGGUGCACCCACACUGGCUGCGGGCCCCCACGAGUUUCUCGCGUGCAACCGAUUUGAUGUACCAUCCACCAUGAGUGGCAAUACCACAGAACUCAAUAGGGGGCUUGAAAACGGGAAUUUGACAGACGCAGGAGGUGCUGGAUCCAAGGCGUCUGCUUUAGAUUCUCGAAACCGCAAAAAAAAGGGCCCCAAAUCCAACAAAACCACGGCAGCAAAGCCGCCAAAAAGAGAUAUUUUUAAUGAUAACAUAUCGGAUUUGGAACAACAGUUACGUAACGGAAAGCGUGUAAACGGCUCGUCAAAGAAAAACCAGAUUUCUAUCAACCAUCUUCUCGAUUUUCUGUCGUACCGGGACCUGGAAGAGUAUCAUAUGAACAGAUCUCGUAAGCACACUAAGAAAGAGAGACGGCCCAGUAGACUGCACCAGUCUCUUCGAGGAAUGGCUUUUGUUAACGUAAAUUACAAAUUCGUGGUCGAUUGUAAUGGAAACUACGCAUCGCAGCAGAUAGACCCCAAUAUUCCAUUUGCACUCGAAGAUAUCUUCCAGAUAAUUGCUCACCGGGGCAACCAGUGUCCCAUUUGCCUAACGGACGAACUUGUAGCACCCCGUAUGUUGACGGCUUGUGGUCAUAUUUUGUGUCUUCGAUGCCUUCUUCGCCUCUUGGAGAGUGAGCUUCCGCAAGCCCAAAAGCGACAAGGUGCAGCUGUGGUUGAAAAGUAUCGAGAAUGCCCUUUGUGCUCAUCGAUAAUACGCAAGAAAGAAGUCAAGCCGGUGCGGAUCUCCAGUGUGGACGAACGGUUCGAAAUCCCCCAAGUUAACCAGGAAACAGUGCUCACACUAAUGUACCGACCUCACGCAAGCUUGGUGGCUUUACCGGUGUCAAUGGAAGAACUACGCCCGUUGGUGGAGCCUUUUCCGUGGAUCAACUCGGAUCAUGAGUUCGACUCGUAUCUGAGAGUUUUCCGUGGUGGAUCUGAGUACCUUGAAGAGAUGUUCGCUGCCGAGAGGGCACAGAUUACGGCUCUUCAAGAAGAGGAAAGAACCGCUUACGGUGAGGACAUAUUCACACAAAGAGCAUUAGAUGAUAUAGACGCCCAGCUAGAGGCAUGGAAAACUUUCAGAAAAGAUAAGGCACCUGUGGUGCCCGAAAAGAAAACUAUCGAGGUUGAUCCAGAACCAUUCAGAUAUUACCAGACAGGGUUUCAUUCCAACACAAUCUAUGUCCUUUCUCCACUUGAUAUGAAGGUGCUAAGGACCUCUUACGGAAACUACUCUGCCAUGCCCACUUCCAUAGUGGCUCCGAUCGAGACCAUUCGAUACGACGAACUUUCUCCGGAAACAGCUUUGACCAAGUUCAAAUAUCUUUCACAUCUUCCUAUAGGUACCACCAUUGGGUUCAUGGAAUGUAACUGGCGCGGCAGCCCCUAUGUCAACAGCGAAGCAUGGACAAUGUUCAAAAACGACUUAACGAAGAGAUCACAAUCGACAGCACGCAAGCUUCGCAAAGAGGAACAAGAUCGAAUCAGGGCAUUAAAUGAAGAAGAACUACGUACGCGAGCGUUUUACGAAAGGGAGAAUGGCACCAACAGCGACGAAAUGGUGAGUCAAUUCAAGGCGCUUGAUGUGGCUUAUACGGACUUGCCAGUUCUUACAUCUGAAUCAAUGGGCGAUUCUGAAGAGUCAGAUAGCGAGUACCGGUCGACGCCUUGGGGCACCAAGAUCCGCAAGUCUGAGUUGGAGGCAGCAAUGGAGGAGCACGAGAGUUGGGAAGCCAGUGAAAUGAUACGACGGGCACGAGAGGAUAUGAACAAAGAAAACGGGAAGAAGAAAAAGAAGAAAAGAAUACUUUUGUCUUCGAAUGCGUGGUGA